AAAAUAAGUUUUAGUUUUGUUUUCGGAAAUUUUACAUCGUAGUCGAUUAUAAAGAUGAAGAGUUUAAUAUUAUUUUAUGCACUGAUUUCUCUGUCUUGCAUAAAGCUUGUGGUCUCUUUCGGAAGAAGAUGUCAAAACAACCAAUUUGAAUGUAAUAAUGGAGCAUGCAUUAAUAAAACUUACUGGUGCUAUAAGACCUAUGAAGAUCGCAAUUACUGCAGAGAUAGAAGCGAGAAAAAAAGUUGUCAUCUUUACUACCCACAUUGCGCAAGAGAACAGACUUAUUGCAAAAAUAACGAAAAAUGUAUACCCAUUAAAUGGGCAUGCGAUGGUUAUAAGGAUUGUACAGAUAACUCUGACGAAGUAAAUUGCUUGAGAAAUGGUUUUCGAAUCGAAGAUUUACCUGGAGUAAGACAAAGUAAGAUGAAAGCUCUUUCGUGGUUGAGAAAACAGAGAAAAUCGGAUUGGGGAUGGGAUAGAGACACAAAUCGAGCCAUCGUGACACUUCGUCUUUCCGAAGAACACGACCUAAACACUUCUGAUGUAACGAAUCAAUUAAUGUUCAAGCAACUGAAACUUCAACUUUCUCAAACGUUGCUGACGAACGACAUUAAAGACAUCAAGACCUACGAAAUAGCAUCUUACGUCAAUUCGUUACUUGCCGUUUGUUCUGAUCCGAAAAAUUUUCAAGAAUUCGAUUUAGUGGAUUUAUUGAAAGCAAGAAUUGAAGAAUCUGAAUCGAUAAACCCUGCAAUUGCAUUGACAAUAUGCAAUUCUAAUCAAACUAUUCGUUCGAAAGAAAUGAAAAAAUUAGAAGAGGUCUUCCUGCUUAAAAAAGAUUUGCCUCAUCAGAUAGAUUCUCAAGCAUAUGCUUCAAUGGCAUUUUCCUGUCUGAAAAGUCGUAGUAAGCAAUUUCCAUUACUUCGUAACUACAAGUUUAUGGAUUUCAACGAACUGAUGAAAAAUUUGUCUAAAUUGCAAAAUAAAGAUGGUUCCUUCGGUAAUAUAUAUACAACAGCCGUUUUGCUUCACGCAUUACUCUCUAUUGAAUACCACGUGACCAAGAACAUAAAAUGGAAUGUAACACAAGCUAUUAAUUAUCUUCUAUCGCAUCAAAAGCAAGACGGUUCGUUCGGAGAUGGUUUAUCAACUUAUCUUGUACUUCCAAUACUCAAUGGGAACACAUUUGUUAAUUUGGGGAGUGUCAAUUGCAAUAUAAACCGACUACAUGACUUGAAAAUAAAAGAAGAAAUCGACUCUAGAAGAGCUAAAAAACAUCGCGUAAAUUAUUAUAUCUUCGUUGGAAAAAAUAAAGAUGUUAUUUUUAGUCUUUCUUUUAAUGUUCCCAUUAAUUCCACAUUUUUUGAAUUCAUGCAAUUAGCCGAAAAAUUCGAUGAUAAAUUUAGAUUCAAAUUCGUCGAUUAUCCGUGGGGUAAAUACGUCUACUCCAUAUUUGGAUUAGUUAAUCAUCCGGAAGAAAUGAAUUAUUGGCAAUUGUUUAAAACUUCUGAAAAUUCAACAUCUUUACAGCAAUGCAAAUCUCCUGAUAAAGUGAUACCUGAAGAAGAUGAGACUUAUGUUUAUUGGUAUAAAUCAAUAAUUGAUUAAACAUUUCUUGCAAAAUUC